AUGGAGCUUCCCGAUCCCUAUUUGCCGGGCGCAAUCAGCCUUCUCGACCAGUUGGAUAAGAAGUUGAUCGUCGUGUUGAGGGAUGGCCGAAAAUUAAUAGGUUACCUCCGAUCAAUUGACCAAUUUGCAAAUCUCAUCUUGGACGAAGUGGUCGAGAGAACUUUUUGCGACAAAUUCUACAGCGACAUCCGGCACGGCUUCUUGUUGAUACGAGGCGAGAAUGUGGUGCUGGCCGGGGAGAUUGACGAGACCUUGGAUACCGGAUUGAAAGAGAUCACUGGCAAUGAAAUGACGAUGUUACAAGAAGAACGGAGCCGACACCAUAAUAGAAAGCACGACCUGCCAAAAGCGGAGCCGCAAAGAAAAACGAAGCACGCAGACAUGGAUGAUGCGUAU